AUGGAAAAGUUCAUUUGUCAUCUCUCUCAGCAGAACUAUGAAGAAUGCAAUGACUUACUAGAAGAAUUCAAUGAAAAUCCUUCAAUCAAGCAAGGUCUUCAAGGUGCAAUUAUUUUUGAAAUCCAAUAUUAUAAUUUCGCAUACGUGAUCUAUAGAGAUCCAAACAGAGAAAGAGCUAUCAGAGAAAUUUACACUGACAUAAAAAACGAAUUCGAAGAAAUUGACGAUGACAUUUACGCUGAACUUUUACAUGUCCUUGAUAUCCAAGUAAAUCUGUGUGAGCUUUAUAAAGAAUUAGCACAGGCUGACUAUAAUUUAAGUGACCAGCUAGCUACAUGUGAAAGCUUGAUAAAAGCCCUUGGAACCGCAAAUAAUGAAUUACUUGAGCCUUUUUAUGAGACUAUUAUAAUUGAGCUGAAUAUUAUUAAAAAUUUAAUUGUAGCGUCAAGAAGCAUAUCAAAUCUAAAUUACAUGAGCACAAUUUUAGCCUUGACUCAGGCUCAUUCAAUUAUCCAAGAAUGGGAAAAGAUUUUUGUUUUUAAGAAAUAUUCCCCGUCUUACUCAAAUAAUUCGCUUGAAGAAUAUAAUAUGAUCUAUAAGUUUCUCUUGAGCAUUUUACAUGUAAUUAUGGCAAAAACCAAGCUAUUUUUCGGGCCGAAUUUUGAAAAUAUGGCAGGGAGUGAGUUUUUGGAGUAUGGAGAAGAAUUUUUGAUAAGAAUCCGCAGUAAAUCUGCAGAGCUUGGCAUUAGCUAUAUAUAAUGUUUAAAUUUGUGGAAACAAAAAUAUUUUUUUAAAAAAAAAUUAAAAAUACAUUAGUAGCCACAAUAUCAUUAUUGCUUAAUAAUGAUGAAAACUUAAACUUGCAAGAGUACUCUUAUAAGUGCAGAAGAAAACCUAAAGUAAUCAAUGAAAUAAGCACAGAGCGAUUUAUCGUGAUUUUUAAACACGCUCUAGAAAGCUUGCCUGAUGACAUGGAAAAUGCUUUAUAUGUAUCUUUGGAAUCUGAAGAGCAAUCUUUAUCUUACUCUUCACAUAAAGCUAUAACUGCUGCUUGUCCAUCAACCUUCAUGAAUUUUCUUUUUAAUAAAAUAGACACAUAUACUAUAUUAGUAUUCGCCUGUAAAACCCCAUCAAAAGAAAUAUCAAAAUUUUUUACUGAAUUUAGGCUUAUUUUUCACAAAAUAUGUAAAAAAAAUUAAAAAUUAAAAAAAAAAUAUUUUUUUAAAAAAAUUGUCACUGAAUUAUCAUUUCAGCUAAAAAUGUUUGCCCCUAACUAUGCAAAAUUUAAGAAUAAUUAA